GUCCCAGAGGUUUGGCCCCGCCCGGGCGCCGUCCGCGCUGGGGUAGGUGGGUAGGGCAAGAUGGCGGCCGUGUCUCGCUGGCGCCGGGCUCCCCGCGGCCUCCUGCCGCCAAGGGCAGGUCCUGGCAUUUCUGUGCUAGCUGCAGCACCAUCUGCGUUGCAGCAGCACCGCCAAGUUCAUCAUGCCGUGAUCCCUCAUGGAAGGAGUGGACGGUCCUCUGUUAGUGGCAUUGUGGCUACUGUCUUUGGGGCUACAGGUUUCCUAGGACGAUACGUUGUCAACCGUUUAGGUCGCAUUGGAUCUCAAGUAAUCAUACCCUACCGCUGUGAUCAGUAUGACCUCAUGUAUCUGCGGCCGAUGGGUGACCUGGGGCAGCUUCUCUUCUUGGAGUGGGACUGUAAGGACAAAGACUCUAUCCGAAGAGCCGUGGAGCACAGCAAUGUGGUCAUUAAUCUGGUUGGAAAGGAAUGGGAAACAAAAAACUUCAAAUUUGAAGAUGAAUUUGUAAAUAUUCCUAAAACUAUUGCACAGAUCACUAGGGAAGCUGGUGUGGAAACACUCAUUCACAUCUCUCACCUGAAUGCUAGCAUGAAGAGUCCUUCCAAAUACCUCAGGAAUAAAGCUGUUGGAGAGAAAGCAGUGAGGGAAGAAUUCCCAGAUGCUAUAAUUUUGAAGCCCUCUGAGAUGUUUGGGAGAGAGGACCGAUUUCUCAAUCAUUAUGCGAACAUGCGCUGGUUUGGUGGUGUGCCUCUUAUUUCUCUGGGAAAAAAAACAGUGAAGCAACCAGUAUAUGUGGUUGAUGUAGCAAAGGCAAUUAUUAAUGCAAUUAAGGAUCCUGAUGCUAAAGGAAAAACAUAUGCCUUGGCUGGACCUAAACGAUACCUCCUUUAUGAUAUGGUAGAAUACAUCUAUGCAGUUUGCUUUCGAGCCUUUGUUCCCUAUCCGCUUCCUCGCCCUCUCUACCAUUUAGUUGCAAGAUUCUUUGAGAUGAAUCCAUUUGAACCAUGGUUAACACGAGACAAAGUGGACCGGUUUCACACAACAGACAUGACAUUUCCUGACCUUCCUGGUUUGGAAGACCUGGGUAUUCAGCCAGCAUCUCUAGAACAAAAAGCAAUUGAAGUUCUACGUCGUCACCGUGGAUACCGCUGGUUGGAUGCAGAGCUGGAGGAAGCAAAACCAGCUAAGACAUAUCCCAUGUAACAGCUGAUAAGGCUUCCUACUACUUGACUUUGUUGGAUGUGAACUUGGACAAGUUGAACACAUGGGUAUCAAAAGUCUAAUGGAGGAGAAAUCCAAAGUGGAAAAUGGGAUGGAAUAGGUGAUAAAACAGGAGAGUAGAAAAGAGAGAAUAGAAGGAUUGAAAAAAACAAAGAGAUUAAGGUUAGGGAAGGCACAGAAGUUUCUUUGAUUAAAUCAAAACAGAUUGCUAGAGCCAAAGAUGCAAGAUGCUGCUGCAAGUUUCACUUUCCGUAUACUUUGCCUUCCAUAGCACUUCUGCUUCUCACCUUAUAGAAACCACAGUGUGGUUUCUCAUUAUUUAUCCUUCCAAAGCAAUUUCUUUAGUCUUUAGUGGUCUUGAAUGUAAAAAAAAAAAAAAAAAAAAAAAAAGUCACUUAUUUUGUAAUGUAGUGCAGAGUACAAAAUUACUAUAAUUCAGUUUCAUCAGUGAUUUUUAUCCCUACUCAUUUAUCAGUGAGAAGAUCUCACAAUUAACUGGUGAUAGAACAAGAGGGAAUGGCCUCAAGCUGUGCCAGGGAAGGUUUAAACUAGACAUUAGGGAGAACUUUUUCACUGAAAGAGUUGUUAGAUGUUAGAACAUGCUGCCCAUCAGAUUGAGGUGAUUGAGUCACCAUCCCUGGAUGUGUUUAAAAAUCAUACAGAUGUGGUGCUUGGGAAGUAGGGUUAAUGGUUGGACUCGAUGAUCUUAAAGGUUUUUUCCAACCUAAGUGAUUCUAUGAUCUUUCUUUUUAUCCUAACCCUAGUUUCUCAGCUUGCAAUGUUUUUUCAGCUAAUUUGCAAAGUACUGAAGGUCCUUUAAACGUGUGACUGAUGUUCCGUGCCUUUGUGCAGGACGUCACUUAAAGCGGUAUGGUUUUCCACCCUCCCCACAAGAGGUCACUGGUGGAGCAGAAGGUGGCAAGUCUUUUAAGAGCAUGGGGCCCCUUUAUGUUUUGCAGCCGGUUCUAUCCCCAGGCUUUGCCAUUUCUUCUCUCUAUUCCUUGCCUGCAUGCAGCCAGAGGGUUGUCCAGAAUGGAGUUUUCAAGUCAGGCCCAAAACUGUACCUCAGAAAGUUUAGGUACAGUGAUAUAAUAAUACACGGUGCUGGUACCAUCUCGCUGAAAGGGAGCCUGCUUUGGUCCUUUCCCAGUACAUAAUCAAAUAAUCUACUUUAUGGCCUACCUUCAGCCUGUUCUAGAGGGUCUGUCUUGAGAGAAGGUAGACCCUUGGCAGCAUCUGUUCAUGAACCAGAUUAAGUAUCUGCAUGGCUGUGCGAGUGUGUGGGCACACUUAGAAGACAGAUGGUUAAAGACCAAUAAGGGCUGAAGAGUUGGUGAAGGCAAUCAUGCCUGCAGUUGUAUGUGUAUAUAGCUCUGUGUGUGUGUGUGUUCAUAACUUGUAUGUGUAUACAUGUCCCACCCAACCUUGGACAGUCUGAUGGAAAAUAUAUGCAUUUUUAUGGGACUGAGAAGAAAACAUUAAAACAUCACUUGUCACUUUUGUCACUCAGCUACCCUUAAAGGAAAAAGUGACACUUCUGGUCAGUGUAGUUAACUUGGUUCAUGUGCUGCCUUGGAGCACUAGUUUAUCUUGCUUGAUGUGAAAAGAAGUUAAAAGGAGUAGGAGAAUAUUGUGAGAUUGUUCUAAUGGUAAUGUCUUCCUCAUAUAAAUUGGAGCACCUCUGUAUUUUGAGUUUGUGUGUGAAGUAUUGAUAGCUUUUACAUUUUCAGUAUGAAAGGCAGUAGGUAUGGAGAAAGGAGGAGACAGCAAAAGCAGAAAAUUUAACCCACUUUGAUUUUUGAGAUUCCCUUGCAAGUAGGACUGGAAGAUACUUGCAUUUUAGGAACAGCUUGUAUCGGUGGAAAUAGUAUGUGCAUCUAAGGGUGGAGAGAAAGAUUUGGACCUUGUAUUUCUUCAAAAACUGUAUUUUGAGCAGUUAGGACUCUGAUUUGGGCUUACUGCUAAUUCUGUGCAUGUUUAUGCUGAACGUAUGGUUAACACUUAAAUUGCACUGUUCAUAGUAUAUUGUUUCAAGUUGGAACAGGACUUGCAUAGAACUAACUAAGACUUCUUGUUGGUCUGCUGCUUUAUUCUUACCUCUUCAGUUUUCUCCCUUGACUUGUAAAGCCUUAAAACUUUCUUGUGUUGCUUAGAGGGCAGAUGGUUAAUGACCAGCAAAAUUGUUCUGUAGUUACCUCUCUGCUGUUUUUUGUUCUUUUGUUUCCCCUGCACUAAUUGAUACUUGGAUACACAUUAUAUGAAAUUAGGAUAUCAGAGGACUGCUAUAUUUAAAGUAAUUUGAAGUAGUGAGUGAUUCAUGAUAGUGUUACUGCAGCCUCUGUGAGCUGUGGAGGCAGAAGGUGAAGAACACUGAUGAAACGGCAAAGGAAAACCUGGUGGCAGAGCUGAGAAUAGAGUGACAGUGUGCUGCUGUGGCUUCUUUCUAUCCUCUUGAUGGCUAGUUGUAGCCUGAGACUCACCCUAAGCACCAUCCUAUCUUGAAAAAGCUUGCAAAGGUGUUAACAUGAAAAUUUUUGUAAGAAACAAAUAAAUUUUGGUUUGUAUAUAAAGCAGCAACACUAAGUCAUAUCUGAACCACUUCCAAGAUUUUGGAGAGUGGUUUCAUGUUAAUGGGCAAAGCUUGUUUGAUUGUGUUUGGUUUUUUUGGGGGGAUGGUAAAAACUAGAAAAUGGAAAUUGCAUUUUUCAUUGCCAUUGAGGAAUCUCAUCCAUAUCCCAGGGGUUUUGUUCUCGGGAUUCUGAUUUGGAGCAGGGCACAGAGUACCCAGUUUGCAAAACAUGUAUGGCAGUGUGUGUGCCUUGGUUUACCAUCUGUAUUUCCACGGUCUUGGUUAGAAUUAAAGCAGCCAGUAGUCAGAGCUACUGCUUAGCAAAUACUUUUGUAGUUCUUCCACUUUUUCUGUAACUUUCUUCAUCAACAUUUAUCCUCUCAGCUGAUACAAUGGAUUAAAAAGUCAUUAAAUGCUUUCAAAGUUU